AUCAUCAGUUGCAUUUUCUCUGUUACUACCACUCCUGUACCUGGAAUCAUGCGCCUAUUCAGACUGUUGGUGGUCACAUUCCUGGCUGCAGCUUGCUGUACACUAACGGAUGGAGCAAUCAGCAUCACGUGUGAAGGCUCUGAUGCUUUACUGCAAUGUGAUGGAGGUAAGAUUCAAAUCAAGCGUGCCAACUAUGGUCGUCGUAAACACGAUGUGUGUUCCAUUGGGCGCCCCGAUAACCAACUCUCCAACACCAACUGCCUCAGCCAAUCCACCAUCAGCAAGAUGGCAGAAAGAUGCGGUGGGAAGAGCGAGUGUGUUGUGCCGGCAUCCAAUUUUGUUUUUGGAGACCCCUGUGUCGGGACUUACAAGUACCUGGACAUAAAAUACUCCUGUGUCCAACAGCAAGAAACAAUAAGCAGCAUCAUAUGUGAAGGCUCUGAUUCUCAACUACUAUGUGAUCGGGGUGAGAUCCAUAUUCAGCGUGCCAACUAUGGUCGUCGUCAACACGAUGUGUGUUCCAUUGGGCGCCCACAUAAACAACUCAAAAACACCAACUGCCUCAGCCCAUCCACCACCAGCACAAUGGCAGAAAGGUGUGACGGAGAGCGCCAGUGUAUCGUCAAGGUAUCCAACUCCGUGUUCGGCGACCCCUGUGUCGGAACCUAUAAGUACUUGGAUGUGGCUUACACCUGUUACUGAAUGAUAUCUUCCUGGGGAACCUGAAGAUGUACAAGGAUUCUGGGACAUUUUCAUCGGGUCGUGCUGUUUUCCUCCAACCRCCAAAUCAACUUCAAUGACCAUUGUAAACCUGUGCAUUUUGUGCUUAAACAUUUCUUAAACAAUUUCUGAACUGUG